AGGAACAAGAAAUAGUCAAAGAAACGUGAACAGAACAGCAAGUGAAGCAGUGCCUCUAAGGCAAGUCAACCAGUCGGAGAUGCCUGAACUCAAGCUCCCUCAGAAUACGUCAAGCAAUUUGGAAGAAGUCUACUGCAACUGUAGCUCUACUGGAACUGAAAAGACAGAGAAAAAGAAAGCAAAGAACCUAACCCAGGACUUGAAGAGUCGGCUGCUUUCGGCAUUACUGAACUCCAAUUCUGAACAUUCAUCCAUUAGCUUUCUACCCAGGAUGUCAGCGAAAUUGAAUCUGUCCAUUGGACUCACUCAUGAAGAAGCUAUGCAAUGGUCCAAGUCUUUGGACAUUCUCCUGGCUGAUCCAUGUGGUCUUGCUGCAUUCAGGGAUUUUCUUAAGUCAGAGUUCAGUGAGGAAAACAUUGACUUCUGGUUGGUCUGUGAGGAUUACAAAAAAACCAAGUCUUCUUCAAAACUGGGCUCCAAGGCUCAACAUAUUUACUCAGAAUUCAUACGGAGUGAUGCCCCAAAACAAGUCAACAUUGAUGGUAAUACAAGAGAUUUGGUCAGCAAAAGCAUUCUACUGCCAACCCCAACUUGUUUUGAGGCAGCCCAGCGAAUUAUCUUCAGCCUGAUGGAGAAAGACUCUUACCCCAGGUUCUUAAAGUCAGAUGCCUACUUAAACCUGAUAAACAAGACACAGGGCAACAAGAACAACAGUUAAAUGAAGAAUUCUGACCCAAAAAUAAAGCGAAGUAUGAACGUCUAAUUCUGUAUCGCUCAUUUCUGAGUGUACCACAGUACUUCACAAAGCUCGAGAGCUGGAUCUGCUGGGAAAUGGAAAUUAAACCUGAAACUUGAUGUCAAAUGAACAAUGACUCCAUAUGUAACACAGCUAAAACACGGUGAAGGACUAGGACAAUCUUCAAGGACAAAUGCUGUGUUUCCCAAUGCUCUGGCAUAUGUGUGUAAUUACAAACUUUCUCAUCAUUAUCAAGACCAUAGUUUUUUCUUCACGCAAGAAUGUAACGGUGAACUUGUGACAAGUUUGUUUUAGUAAAGGGGCUGAAUAUUUUUGUGCAGGGGAGCAUGAACUGAGCUUUCCUGUUCAUACUCACUGGAUCUUAAACUGAAAAGAAAAGCAUUUCCUUUGACAGUUGCAACAUAAGCUACGUGGCGCAGUUUUAUCUGAUGUUAGUGCAAGUCUCCAAUGCUGCAUAUCCUGAUGCACAAUCCUCUUUACCAAAUGUUACGUAAUAUUCUGAUGCAGAAAGAAGGAACUUGGGUGAAAAAAUGUAUGUAUUUAUUAUUUUAUUUUUUUCUAAUAUUAAAUGAAAUGUUCUGAGCGUAGCAUAAUUGCAAUGUCAUGAAAAAGCCUGUAGAUUGUAAACCUGUUGUUACAACUAAUGGUAAUAUAUGACCUAAGUUCAUUAAAACACUUUGGCAUUUUGGAUAGUCUGCAGCAUUUCAACUGCAAGUGGUGUCUUGCGAAGGCUGUUACCAUAAUGUACAGUGAUGGUGACUGCUGAGCCAUGGUCAUGGUCUGCAGGAACUAUCUCAACUCAUCCACUAGUGCCUUAUUUGAUUUCUGAGAUUUAUUGAAUAAAGCUAGAUUGCAAUCACUGCAAACAUUCAGAAUGUGAAAUAACUUACCUUGACCUUCUGUUUGUGGAAGUAUGUAUCUUGGCUAGCAUCUUCUAUGCAAUAAGACAGAUGUCAAAGGAAUGCCAUCUGACCAAAGUUAACGCACAGACACAGAAGGAUGGGUGAUCAAAUGUUUUGUGAAAAGAAAUUACACCCACUAUAUCUGCCUUUAAUGCUAUUAAUGAGCUUCCUUCUGGAAAUUCCAUUGGUCAUAUGAUCAACACCAUAAUGAUGAGCAAAUUGGAGGAUAUGAUUUGAAACCUGAGUAAUCCUGAUAAAAUAGAUCCUGAUCAUCAAAUAUCAAAUAUCUAUCCGCUCAGAUAGCUUUACUGACAAGGAAAUUAUGACCAUCACUCUUCCUACAACAUUACUAAAAGAUAUUUUCAAGAUUGAUUGAAUAAAUGUUGGUUUAUCCUGGCUUUCUAACCUCUGAUGCUCAUGAACAGAAAAUAAAAUAUUUGUUGUUGUAA